GAGUGGCUGGAUGGCCAUGGAUCUGAGUCUACCUCUGUGGGCUCCGAGAAAUCCAGCUCCGCAAUGCAGUCGCUUUCGGAGACAGAGAUGUCCUCCUCUGUGUGCAGUUUUCCCGGCACCACGAACCAGGCGGCCUUUCGCGUGCACCGGCGCGCGGCAAACGCUAACCGGCCACCCAGGGCUCGGCCGGACUUCUACUCGAGCUCUGGGGUGCGAAGCAGUUUGGCCCAGGAGAAUUGGCA